UCCUUUUGUAGCCGACUGAGAAUAGUCACACUCCAUAGCUAGAACUACUACUAGUUUUGUAGUUACUAGUCUAGUAACCAGAUAGAUCUAUGUCAUAUUUAUAUACUAUAAUACUAUUACUAGUCUAUAACUAGAUCUAGAAUAGAUCUAUAAUCUAUUAUAUAUUCUAGAUAAAUCUAGAUCUAGUCAUUUUAGAACAAGGAACAAGUGAUGGUGGGUGUGGCAAACUGUGUUUGUACACGUGUAUGUCCACAACAUUUUGAGUGAACCUGGCACUUUGUCUUUUGUCAAAUCUAUAUUUAUGGCUGAUUGUUAUAGCUGAAAGAGUUAGUGUGCAAAACAUUAAUAAUGAAUAAAGGUUGGUUGGAAUUGGAGAGUGAUCCAGGACUUUUCACUUUACUUCUUGAAGAUUUUGGUGUGAAUGGAGUUCAAGUGGAAGAAAUCUAUGACUUACAAAAGCCUAUUGAGGGACCAGUUUUUGGAUUCAUUUUCUUAUUUCGCUGGAUUGAGGAACGACGAAGUAGGCGGAAAACAAACACUGAAGUGGAAUCAUUUGUAACUGACACUGAAGCUGUUAAUCAAAUAUUUUUUGCACAACAGAUCAUUCCCAACUCUUGUGCUACUCACGCACUUCUGAGUGUCUUGUUAAACUGUGACAACAAAGUGAAACUGGGGAAAACUUUGAACUUGAUCAAAGAAUUUACCAACUCCAUGUCCCCAGAGGACAAAGGCUAUGCCAUUGCUAAUAUGCCAGAGUUAGCAAGAGUGCACAAUAGUUUUGCCAGACCAGAAAAUAGUAAACCAUUACCUGAAAAACAAGCUGGACUGUCCAGUGUUAGAGCCAUGGACUCUGAAACCUUUCACUUUGUUAGCUAUGUUCCUAUUCAUGGACAUCUCUUUGAAUUGGAUGGUUUGAAACCUCAUCCUAUUGAUCAUGGACCAUGGGAAAAAGGUGAGGAAUGGACAGAAAAAUUUCGCAGAGUCAUCACAGACAGACUAGGAAUGGCCACUGGAGGAGAACCCUAUCAUGACAUUAGGUUUAAUCUAAUGACUGUUGUCCCUGAUAAACGUCAACUUCUGGAACAGAAACUGACAACCUUGAGAACAAACAGAAAAAUUGUAUUGGAGGCCCUGCAGCAGCUACUGGACGCUAAGGUCGUGUCCCCAGCCAGUUGUGAUAGAUCAGAUACAGAGAGCAAGCCCCAUGCUAGUGAAGGCAAGAAGACUGUAACAUUCUCUUCAGCUCCGCCUGUGGUGGUUUCUGUUGAAGAAUCACCCUCAGCAUCACAGCUUGUGGUACAAACGAAUAACAGCACCACAGAAACAUCAGCAUCCAGCACUACUUUUGUGACUUCACUGUGUCCCCAGCCUUCUAUCUCCAAGUCAGAGACUGUUUUGUCCACCUCUGCUGCAGUAAGUUUAGGCAAUGCCUCAAACAAUGUAAACACAUCUAUGAUAAACAGUUGUGUAAAUGGUUCAGCUCACUGCAGUGAUGCAAUGAAGCUUCGUUCAUCCUCUUCAUCAGACAAACAAUGCCAAAUGGCAACAGGACAGAAUGAUAAAAAACUAGAUGAUUUUCAAGUGGUGAAAGAAGAAAAAGGCUCUCCCUCACAGUCAAAUCUAUUGCAAACAGAGACUGGUCAUAUCAAAGUUGCAGAUGAAACCCAAACAAAGCAAGAACCAAUGGAUGCCACAGAAAAUACUGAACUGGCUACAAAAACUGAAGCUAAACCAAACACUGUCAAAACUGAACUUACUGCUGUUUCAGACACUAAAGUCUCGGCCAGUGCAGGUGGUGGCCUGAAGUCUGAUAUCACUAAACCUCUGAGCAUAGAGACCAAGUUUAGUACGUCCCCCUGUGCUGCUAGUAACGAAAGCACAGACACAGCUUCAGAGAUAGGCAGUGGAUUUAGUUCCCCUGGAAGUCUGAACACAAGUUCCUGCCAAAGUAGUCCACAGUUCUUGGAAGGUGGUGUUGCCUCAGAAACUAAAGUAGAUAGUGAAGAAUCUCAUUCUCUACGAAAGAAAAGGAAGUCCAAUCAUGUCUUCACACCCAAGGAUCUCCUUGAUUUAUUAAAGAAUGUCGAGAAAGAAAUAGAACAUUGUGAGAGUAGCUUAAAAGAGGAGAAUGAAAAACGUAAAAAAUAUCAGAUUGAUGCUUGCCGAAGGACACACAACUAUGAUACAUUCAUAAUGACCUUCUUAUCUAUGCUUGCGGAGCAAGGGGUUUUGGGGGACCUGAUGGAAGAAAACAUGGCUAUCAAGAGACCCGGACCCAAGAUGACAAAGAAAUCAUUACUCAAAGAGUCGGAAAAGAAAAAAAGAGCUAAAAUUAAGAAAAAAGGGAAAAAGUGAAUUUAGUCAUUAGUAAAGUCUGGCAUUUUUUUCUUUUGUUUUGUUUCACAGUUUUGUUUCACAAAGUCUGAUGGGUGAUACAUUUUUUACUGUAAAAUUCUUUUGUAACUCUGAAACAUUGUAUUAAUUGUGUAUGAAGUUUUAUUGCCAAAGUAUUAUUAAGUAUGCUGACACAUCUUUGAAGAAAAAGUAUAUAAGCUUGAAUGUCUUUUAUGUCUUUUGUUACAAUAUAUUGAUAUGCAUUUCAGUUGAAUGGUUUUGAUGGAUCUUAUGUUCAAACAAGAAUAAAACUUCAGUUUAUUGCUGAAA